CGACAGUCUAGCACCAGUCGAAAUCAGUGAUGGCCGCGAGGUUCGCGAUGCACGUUAUAUUGAGAUUGUGCUUAGUUUGUUUAUCGUAACGAUAUCGUGGCGGAGAGUGUUUUGCGGCUUCUGGCCAAAGAGGAUCGAGCGUGGACACCUUUUCACGUGACAAAGUUCGCUCGAAUGAAUCGCGUUCGCUCGAACAGGCCAUAGAAACGACGCGGUCGGUCCUCUUGACAGUUCUGUCCCGUGUUUGGAGGCAGCAGUAGCUAGUCGAGUGCCGCGAGAAGUGUAGUUGCUAUCGCCACUUGGCUGACUUUCGCGGAGCGUCGGUGGUCCUAAUGUCGUCGCGUAUGUGAUAGAACGAUACGAAAGGAGCCUUUGUCGACACGGGGACGGCAACCCCACACCCGUCGCCACUUUUUUCUCUUUCUCUCUCUCACCCUUCCUGAAGACACGCGCAUCAAAAGCGACUGAGAGAUAAAAUGGCGGAGGAUGGUGCAGGAGGAUCAGGAAAUGGAAGCACGGGGGAAGCGAGCAGGUUACAGCUCCUGCAAGAAAUGCGACAGCAGAAUUUUGACAGCAUUCGAUUUGCAUCGUAUCGAACAGCAUGCAAGUUGAGAUUCAUUCAAAAGAAGGUUCACUUGCACAACGUCGACAUAUGGAAUGUGAUCGAGGCGUUCCGGGAAAAUGGUUUGAACACGUUGGAACCGUCGAGCACGUUGGGCGUAUCGAGGCUCGAAACUUUAUUGUCUUCCUUAUUCCAUGCCCUUAAUAAACGAGUGCCUGUUUCGCAACAAGCCAAAGUCGACGCCACCACAGCCCUGCUGAUGAAUUGGCUUCUAGCUGCUUACACCACGGGGGAAAACAAUAAAAUAUCCGUGUUCUCAGUGAAAGUUGCCUUAGCUACACUAUGCGCUGGGAAACUGAUGGAUAAGUUCCGAUAUAUAUAUUCACAAAUAUCGGACAGUAACGGUCACAUGAUUCACUGGAGGUUUGCCGAAUAUUUGAAAGAAGUUUUAGCGCUAACGGCUGCGGUUUAUGAGACGCCAUCUUUUGGUUAUACCGAGGGUCUCGCCAAUUCAAUAUUUCCUCAAAACUUAAAAGUAACAGUCAACGAUUUUCUGGAUACACUCAUGUCCGACCCAGGGCCACAUUGUUUAAUCUGGCUUCCACUGUAUCAUAGAAUGGCUGCUGUUGAAACUGUGGCUCAUCCCGUUAUGUGCGACGUCUGUCACAAAGAAAACUUUACUGGCUUCCGGUAUAGGUGUCAGAAAUGCCACUCAUAUCAGCUUUGCCAAGACUGUUUUUGGCGUGGCAAAGUUUCUGGGACACAUAACAACGAUCACGAAACAAGGGAGUAUAGUAGUUUUAAAUCGCCAAGCAAACAAAUUGGACAUUCUCUACGAAAAAGCUUUAGAUGCGUUCCUGAAAAGGGGAAAAGUAGUUUACCACGAUUUCCUGAACAACCUGAGAAAACGUUAGACUUGUCUCAUAUAGUGCCACCAUCGCCUCUACCAUCUCACAAUGGUUUCCCAGACCCAGGCUUCAUGGCUCCCUUUGAUUCUGGAUCAAUGGAUAGUCGUUCCACAUUGAGGAGUAUGGAUAGUUCAAGACUGGAUGACGAACAUAAAUUAAUAGCACGAUACGCACAAAAGUUGGCUCAGGAAGCUAGAACCAUGCCUCGAGCCGCGUCUAGAAUGUCACAAGCUGACCAAGCAGGUAGGGCACCAUCUGACGCAAAUUUGGUGUCGUUAGAUGCCUCGAGAGCACAACGCGAACUUAUAUCGCAAUUAGAAGCAAAGAACAAGGAAAUAAUGCGCGAGAUUGCAAGGAGGCAACAAGAAAUAGAAGCUGCUGGUUUAGAAAAUCCUGCACUAAUGUCAGAAUUGAGGGCUUUGAGACAAAGGAAAGAUGAGUUAGAAACUCAUUUAGCCACCUUACAGGAUUCUAGAAGACAAUUAAUGGUACAAUUAGAAGGUUUAAUGAAAAUGUUGAAGAAUCAUCAAGCAUCUCCAAGAUCAACACCAAAUAGUUCACCACGCAGUACAAAGUCACCACCUUUACCACCAGGUGCUGUUCCAAGUAGUAGAUCAGCACCUCCGACUCCAGGUGGUCCAUUGUCUACAACUCCACAACAACAACAGCAACAAUCACAAAGUCAACAACAGAUGUCUCAAAGUUAUCAAAAUCCUGUCCCAACGACAUCAGUGGCAAACAUACCCAGUAACGCUAUGCUUGGAACGAUACAAAAUCCUAUUCCAGAUAACUUAUCAUGCGUUGGAGGUGAUGUAAGGUCUGCGUUCAGGACAAACAGCUUACCAGGAAGUGGUUCCAGCAGUGCGAAUAAUAGCUUGGGCCGGUCUUUGCGCAAUGACUUAUUGGUAGCUGCCGACAGUGUUACUAAUGCCAUGUCAACUCUUGUGAGGGAAUUAAAUUCAGACUCAGACCAGGAGGAUCAUUCUCACAACUCUGGCCGUCUUAACAUCAGAAAGCCAUUAGACUUUGAGGCUGGUGAAGAUGGAGAUGAUAGUAGUGGUGGUGGAAAUUCUUGGAGAGAAGAACUUCAACGUCGCUAUCAGCAAGAAAAUGAUUUCUUGGCUGAAUUGCGUGCACGUAACGUUAAUACUACACAAACACCAUCGGCUACUCCAUCCAGUGAACAAGAGCAAGAAAGAGGAGAAAGAGAAGAAGCAGAUGGAGAAAAAGAAGAGGAUAAUGAAUCUAACUGGACAGAACCAGUGAAGAGAUGGGUCAAUCGAUAAGUUUAUUAAAAAGCAUUUAUACAUAAUUUACAAUGGCUUAGAAACUGCUAUCAAUUGAAACGCAAAUAAAUUACUGUAGUACCAUGAGUUAUUUACAAUGGGCAUAUAUCUGGGUGUUAGCGUGAAAUGUAAUCAACAUCAUAUUAGACUUUGGACAGUAUUUAAAACUUGCAUUUUCAAAGCAGUACUUUUAAUCAAAAGAAUUGUCAGUUCAGCAAUUGAAAUUCUUAUAUAGUAUCAUCAUAUAAAUUUUAUCAAAAACACGAAAUUAAUAACAUUAUUUGUAUAUGAACAAGCCUUUCAUCUAAUAUUUGCAAUAUUUAUGAAAUGCAGAAAUUGAUUUGGCUUCUAAAAUUAUUGCAAUAUUGUUAAGCACCUACACAGUUUAAGUAUCAUUAUAUAAGUUAGACUUUUGUUUAUAAAACUUUUUAAUUAUUUCCAAAACCAUAUUUAAACAUAUUUAGCAUAAUGAUAAAAAUGAUUAGAUUGAAUUGAUGAAACAUUGAAUAGAUCACCUAUGGGCCUAAAGAUAUGAAAACUGACUUCUUAAUUACAUUAGACUUAAAAAAAAAAGUUUUCUUUGCUUAUAUAUUCAUUAAUGAUUUGUGUAAUUUUUACACACAAAUAUGGAGAGACAUUAACUUAAACCUAGGUGCUCAGUAAUGAAUUUUUAGUCUACGUGUAGGUAAUAAUAUAGAAAAAAUUUUGCACAAGUCAAACGUUUGACCAAACUUUGUAUAAGGAGGUAAGUAAAUGUAAUUAAUGGACUUUUUUAAAUACUUAAUAAAAGGACUAUUAAUGGAGGCUUAGUUACAGAAGCUCACGUUCUUUUAUACAUUCAUACUGCUUAGAUACAACAUUCAAUAAUAUGAGAUAUAUAAAUAUAUUAUAGGAACUUUUGUUCAAUAAAUGCUUUUCUUUUUAAGAAUGAAGACCUCAGAACUAUUGAUUCAUACAAUAACUUUCCAUUUUGUUUUUGUCCUGUAUUACCUAUAUCUAUUACAAAUAUAACAUUUACUUUGUAAUAAUUUCAGAGUUUAAGAAAUUCAUAAUAUAGUACAAAUUUAUUUUAAUUAUAAAUUCGUAUCAUCAAUUAUCAUUAUUCUACAUAUAUUAAGGAAAACAUUGUUUAUGACUCAAUAGCUUUCAGGGGUUAUGUUAUAGUACUACAAGAAUAAUGUACAUAAGUACUAUUGUUGAUUAUUUAUCAAACAUAAGAUACUCAUAUAUGUAUGAGAAUUGUAAUUCUUAGGCAUUUCGACUGCAUUAUUUAUUCCUUCCCUUUAAUUUUGAUAUUUUUAAAACUUGUUACAUUCGAAUGCCCAAGUUUUACACCAUAAUCACAAUUCCAUUGCAUUUACAACUGUACGUUGCAUAAUAAUAGGAGGACUGGCAUUGUUUUUUGUAUUAUAUUUAAAUUUUAGUUCCUACAUUAUGUAAUUGAAUAUUAUUCAAUAAAUGAUCGUUGAAUUGUAAUUAAUAGAGAAUAACCCAUUUUGUAAUAUUUACGUAGCGCAUAACAUUCGGAAAUAUUCUGUGUAAAUAUUCAUAUGAUCAUUUUUGUCUAUAUUAACAUUUACAAAAAUUGUGUAAUAACUAUAUUAUAUGACUAUUGAAUAAAAAAUGAAAUGAGAACUUACAAUACUUAGAAAAUUGAACUUGACAUACCAAUCCUAGUUGGAUAUUUUUCUUUACAAUUUCAUAUGCAAUUUGUCAGUAGAUGAAAAUAAAAAACAACUGAAAAGGAAAUUUCACACAAUUGCCAUUAAGAAAGUUAACCAUAAAUUUGAUAAUGGAUAUUUUCUUAGAUAAUAGAGGUAACAAGAAGAAUAUAAUAAAAAAGAUUGAACUAUUUUCACUAAAUAAUUUUCUUUGCAGGGGUGAAAAAUAAUAGAAAGCGUGAAUUGUAUUUGUUUAAUUCUUCAAUUACUUCCUUUGAAAAUAUCAUUUUUACAAAACGAAAUAUUCAAACAUUAGUCAUAAUUUGUCAACGCAAUAUUAGCUCAUUUUAUGCUAUUUCAGAAUUGACUCAAAUACAGGAACUAUGGAUUGUCGACUGUGGACUCAAAGUAAUACAGUUGUUCUUAUUUAGUCUGUAAGUUCUUUAGUGUAUUAUUUAAUUUUAUUUAGAAUAUACCACCCUUCAAAAAAAAUUGUCCAUUGAGAAAGCUCUAUUUAUAUUCCAAUCAAAUAUCUUGUAUAUCAAAUUUGGAUUUCUGCACAUGUUUAGCAAUUUUAUAUUUGUCAGGAAACAAUAUAGACAAUCUCCAGGUAUAUAUGGUUUUAUUAUAUAAUUUCAUUUCAAAAAAGAUUUGAAAAAUUCUAAUGCACCUCCUCAUAAUAUUGUUACAUUUUACUUAUAUAGCCUCUAACUAAAUUACCACGGUUAGAAGACCUCAACUUAGCUAAUAAUAAAUUAAAAAAAAUUGAUAAAUAUUUUAUAAAUAAAUCAGAGUUAUGUUACUUAAACUUGGCAGGAAAUCCAUUGUGUUUUAUACAGGUAUAGAAUAAUAUAAUUAAACUACACUUCUACUCUAAUUAUAAAAUAAUAAUAUCCUCCCCUUUAAUUACAAGGAUAUAAGAAAUU